CUGUGACAUGUUCUCCGGGUGUGUUGUUGACAUUUUAGUAGCGCUUUAGUCUUCACUGCCUCCUUUUCGACAGACUCAUAUGGAAGCAGUUACGCAUGCAGCCAAAAGAAUAACAACAGCGCUUUGCAAGUCCAAAACUAUGAUCGAUGGCGUUCGUCAUCCAUACGGCUGCUUACAUCUUGUAGCUACACAUUGGCAGGAAAUCAUUCAUAUAUGUUGUCUGCUCUCUAGUACUAUGUGGAUUGAUGCCCUGCAGAGAAAAUCAGACGAGGAGACUCUGGUCCUCCAAAAGUUGACCAGCGACUGGCAGAACUACAGUCAAGUGCUCGGCGUGAUCAAAUCCAACACGAGCAGCAACACGCAAACCUUACGCUUCCUCCAAAACAGCAUCAUAGCCGACCACCAAAGAAUGGUCAUGUCCUCGGAGAUGUACUACGAUCUCAGUCAGCAGGUGAUGAACCUGCAAAUGCAACUUGACAACGUCACGUCUUUCAUGGACGAACACGAGGAGAACAUGCAUGACCUGCAUUACCAUUCCAGAUACUAUGAAAACCGGACUGGAGAGCGUUUCUCCGCCUUAGAUGGUCGUCUGAACUCCAUCGAGAUGGAAAUCGACACGAUAUCCUCCAGCAUCAACGCCACCGUCACACACGUCCAGAGCAUGUACAAGUACAUCAACAUCGAGAGCUCGACCUGCCAAAGUCGCCUGGGAAGACAAACUGAAGAUCUCCAGAACUUAAACAGCAGCGUGCUGCUGCUUCUCAAUUCGGCCGACACACUGAGGCAGCAGAACGUGUUGCUAAAUGUUCGCCUGGAUGUUGAUGUCAGGAACUUGUCGAUGGUCAUGGAGGAGAUGAAGUUGGUGGACACGCACCAUACACAACUCAUCAAGAACUUCACUAUAUUAAGAGGUGCUCCAGGACCACCGGGGCCCAAAGGGAACCGUGGAGAGAGUGGUUCCAAAGGACCUGUGGGGCUGAACGGGAGUAAAGGAGAACGCGGCCCAAUAGGAAGCCGUGGGUCCCAAGGAGAAAAGGGUUUUUUUGGGCCCAAAGGUGCAGCUGGUCAACCUGGCCCUAGUGGCAACAGAGGAGCCAUAGGCAAGGCAGGAGUUAAGGGAUCUCCUGGUCAACCGGGACCACGUGGUGAGCGGGGCCAGAAGGGUGAUAUGGGCCCAUUUGGUAAACUUGGAAACCCUGGACAAAGGGGUCCGCCAGGGAUCCAAGGCCAGGCUGGACUACCUGGUAUAAUUGGACCAGUUGGGCCUAGAGGAAAACCAGGACCAACUGGGCCACCUGGACCACCAGGGACUCCUGGACCUCCAGGAGUACACCAUCAAUCCAAUACACAGCAGCAAAGCGAACCUGCUGUGGGACCCAAAAGACAAUAAUGGGAUGGAUUAGGACGGGACAAGAGUUUUGACAGAGCUGAUCCAAACAGGGCAUUGCCAACAAUGACUCUACAUUCAUCCAUUAUAUUGAUCCAUUGCCAGAUCAUAAUGAAUAUGUGGGGUAGAAAUACUCGAAUAGAUGCUGAUGAAACAUGGCUGAUAUUAAUCAUCUCCACACUGACACGCCCUUCUUUGUAGGGUGGCUCUUUAAUGGGUCUUUCAUUGUAGAAAGCCAAAAAGCAUUUCAGAGCAGGUACUCUGAAGAUAUCAUCCAUCUGCUGCGUGAAAUAACAUGAGGGAGUCUGACUGAAGAAUCUGAACAUGUAGUCACACAAUCAUUUCUAUGUUGGAAAUGUAAUGUAUAUAUAUAUAUAUAUAUAUAUAUAAGACAUAAAGCUACAACUAGAGAACCAUAGUAUUUUGGAAUAAAAGCGAGUAUUGUCAUGACAUGCGACUGGCUUGCAUUGAACAAUAAAAGUAGACAUUGACGUGGUGGUCUCG